AUGACAAAGACUUCAAAAAUUGUUCCUCGAAAAGCAAACCCUUCUUCCUCGAAGCCGUCGGAAGAUGUCACACCUGCUGCUACUGAAGAACCAACACCAGAACCCCCUCCACAGUCGUUUGUACCUUCGGGGUGCCCAACCGGGGCCGAUUACAAGAUUGAGAACACCCCAUUGGUACCGGGUCUACCAAAAGUCAUUGAGAUGAGGCCUCCAUCAGCCGAUGAUGACAUAUUCAUCGAUCCCCCUGCUCCGAAGCAGGAUAAAAAAAAGAAAAGAAGAAAAACUCCAAGUUCCUCGGUCCCUGAAAGGAAAAUACCUAGGAAGCGAAUGUCGCAUAUACCUAAGAAAGCUAGCGCCCGAGAACUCUCUACGGACACACUCCUUCGGUUUAGGGAUGAGUCCGAAGAAGAAGAAGAUUAUGAGUUGGUGGUCCGCGUGAGAAGUGGCUCCGAAAUGCCUCAAGCUAUGGAGGCCGUAGAAGAAGCAGUGGCUGAAGUCUCCGGGAGGGUCGAGACUGAUUUUCCUCGAUCCAGUGAGGUCGAAGAAGAAACCAUGAUCGGUAUAUCUCGGUCAGAAGAUAAUGUCCCCAAAGAGGCGUUUGGGGCAUUGAAAGGUAACCUCGGCGAAGGGGCCCAAGGAGCAGUCGAUUCUUCCAAUAAUUUCUUCGAUGGCUUGGAUUCUGCUACUUCUGAGGAUGUUACCGGUUUGGGCGAUGUACCGAUACCAAGGAAGAUAUCAUCCCCGGGAGCUAGCUGGUCUUCCUCGAGCCCAAAAUUAAUGAACCAGUUUCCCGCUCUGAGUGUCGAUCGUACUCGGAGACAUACAAUCGUUUUGUCCGUUUCGGAGGACACUCGGGUUCUCUCUGCCCCGGUGAAGAUAGUUAGUUACCUUCGGUGUUUGGUGACCGAAGAGGAUCAAGAAAAAAUGAACGAGGUGGAAGCGCCUUGCCUGUUCAAUGAAGCUCAACAGGCGCUGAGUCGAGGCUCGGUGCUUCAUCACGAGGGCUUUCUUCGAUAUCGGGAGGAGUUCAAGCAUCAUGAGGCCGAGACUCGGGAGUUUGUUGAAAAGAAGGAUGCUUAUAAGCUCCUUAAUGAAAAAUCCCAAGAUGAGCUGGAGGCGGCUCGUAGGGAACAUUCUGACCUGGUCGAGCAGGUAAAAAUAGUUUUUGAAAUUAGUGAUGAUGAGUCGGACUUAGUAACUAAUGAUCUAUGCCCGCAGCUUCAGAAACAACUUGACGUGAUCAAGAAACUCCGAGAGGAGGUGGAUAAGGUCAAAGCCAAGACCGAAGAAUGA